AUCAUCAAGAAGCAGUCCCUUUGUGAGAUGCUACAAGCUUGGAACAACAGGUUACAAGAUCUUUUUCAGCAAGAAAAGGGGCGUAAACGGCCAUCAGUUCCUGCUAGUCCUGGUCGAAUGAGGCAAGGAGAUGACAGUAAGGGAAGUGGCAUGGAUGCUUCACCGCGAAAUUCCUCUCCUGCCCAAAAUGGAGAUAAAGAGGAUCGUUUUAUGACCACUUUGUCGCAGAGCUCAACUGGUUCUACUCACCUGCAGAUACCAAGCCCCCCUGAGAUUGUGACUGAUCAAAUGUUUACUGGUACUUCAAAUGCAGCAGAAAUGGACACCGCUAGCAGCAGUGAAGACGUGUUUGAUGGGCAUUUAUUGGGAUCAACUGACAGUCAAGUGAAAGAGAAAUCCACAAUGAAAGCUAUUUUUGCUAAUCUGCUUCCUGGAAACAAUAUAAUCCAAUUCCACUGCCUUUCGAUCCAGAUAAACACUAUUUAAUGUACGAGCAUGAGCGAGUUCCUAUAGCCGUGUGUGAGAAGGAGCCAAGUUCUAUCAUAGCCUUUGCUCUCAGCUGUAAAGAAUAUAGGAAUGCACUGGAUGAUUUGUCCAAAGUAUCUGUGAAGAGCUGUGCAGAAGAUGCUCCUCUUCCUACGACUAUGAUUGAAAGCAGACCGAAAACCAGCAGCCCUGCCAAAGCACCAGAACCAAACCUGACCCAGUUAACCCGUACAGCUGAUGCAGAAACUCAGAGUGCCAGUAAAAAGCCUUCAGGGGUCUUGUCAUUCUUUCGUGGCACGGGUGGGAAAAGCCCAGACCUAUCUGCGCAGAGAAAAGAAACAUUGCGAGGUGCUGACAGUGCCUACUACCAAGUAGGACAGAUGGGCAGGGAAGGUGCAGAAAGUCAAGGAGGUGAACCACAAGAUGAAUCUGAUGGUGGAGAUAAACAGAAGAAACAGUCUGGAAACCCUCAUGUUGAGCUGCAAUUCUCAGAUGCUAAUGCAAAGUUCUAUUGCCGUAUUUAUUAUGCUGGAGAGUUUCACAGAAUGCGCAAAGUAAUCUUGGGAAGCAGCGAGGAAGAUUUCAUCCGCUCCCUUGCACAUUGUGUGCCAUGGCAAGCUAGAGGUGGCAAGUCGGGAGCUGCUUUCUAUGCAACAGAAGAUGAUCGAUUUAUUUUGAAACAGAUGCCUCGUCUGGAAGUGCAGUCUUUCCUCGAUUUUGCUCCACACUACUUUACUUACAUCACAAACGCUGUUCAAAUGAAGAGGCCAACAGCACUAGCCAAGAUUCUAGGAGUGUACAGGAUUGGUUACAAGAAUUCCCAGAAUAACACAGAGAAGAAGUUGGAUCUGCUAGUCAUGGAAAAUUUGUUUUAUGGCAGAAAAAUGGCACAGGUUUUUGAUCUUAAAGGUUCCUUGAGGAACAGAAAUGUGAAGACAGAUACCGGAAAGGAGAGCUGUGAUGUUGUUUUGCUGGAUGAAAAUCUUCUGAAAUUGGUGCGUGACAACCCCCUGUACAUCCGGUCACACUGCAAGUCUGUUCUCCGAGCCUCCAUACACAGCGACUCCCACUUCCUAUCCAGCCACCUGAUCAUUGACUACUCUCUCUUAGUGGGCCGAGAUGACACCACUGAUGAGCUUGUAGUUGGAAUUAUUGAUUACAUCCGAACAUUCACAUGGGACAAGAAACUUGAAAUGGUUGUCAAAUCUACUGGCAUCCUGGGUGGCCAAGGUAAGAUGCCGACUGUAGUAUCUCCAGAGCUGUAUCGAACUCGAUUCUGUGAAGCAAUGGAUAAGUAUUUUCUGAUGGUACCUGACCACUGGACUGGUCUUGGAGGCAACUGCUAG